AUGGAGGCGAGGGUUGUAACACCUCUCGUGCACCUGCACACACGCCGACACACGCACAUGCAUGGUGGCAUUUCGAUGCGGCCCCGAUGUAGUCACCAGGUGAAUGGUGAGGAUGUACAGAAUGCAAGCCAUGAAGAGGCGAUGGAAGUCUUUCAACGAGCGCCCGACCCAGUCAUCGUGGUGGAGGUCAUGCGACGGCCCCAGACAAAGAACGCCACCUCCGCCCCACCUUCGGUAUUCCCCACGCCACAAGUGGCAGGUGGGGGUGGAUUGUGCGGCCCGGGCCAGGGCACGCCAGCAGACUCGAACAGCGAGAUAAGCAGCGUUCUGUCCGGUAGACGAGGAAGUGCCACUCAGUCGGUCGGUGUGCAGACGGUGCUUAGUGCCGGAGAAAUGGCCGCCUCUCUGGCGAUAGCGGCUGCCUCCUUCGCACAGCAGGAGGCAAAGAUGGCCCUGAUGGGGGACAUGAAUCCCUACUGCAUGGGCGUCAUGCCCGGAAAACAUCCCACUGAUUACCUCGGGAUUUCUGGUGCAGGCGACGGGGCCGAAGAUGAGGAUGAGAGUGAAGAAGAAGGUGACGGUGAGGGUGUUGAUGAUGCUGUCUUUGGAGCCGAGGAGGUUGGCUGUCUGGACUACAUCUUAAAACGCUAUCCAUGCAACUCGAACGGUGUCCUACCACCCUUCACCCAGUCUAAUCUUCUUCCCCAGCCAAUCGAUUCCGUCUACGCAAACUUUCCAGAUAAUCCGCAUUCCUCCCCGGGAAACAUUGUAGGCGGCGAAUAUUCAUCCAAUGGCUCAGAUAAAUGCUUUGAGGUCAUACUGCAGAAGCAAUCGGUGACGGACAAGUUCGGAUUGACCCUGUGUUACCGUCCCAGUGAAGUUCAGCAAAACGUCACUGAAGUCUACAUCAGUGAGGUGGGUUUUCUCAUUUAUGCGGGAUGGCCGGAACUGGUAGCUGAUGAUGAUUCACUCAACUCUCCCACCCGCCUUUUUCUCUCCUGCCUCCUUUCCAACCAAACCACGUCCACGCACAUGAACCAUGAACGUGGACCUAUGUUUAAAAGGUUAACGAGAGUGGAGACAGUUAGAGGCGUGCAAGUUGUAGCAAAGUUAAGCCUCUGUGGAUUUUCAUAUGCCUUCAUGGAAGAUUAUUUGACGUCUGUAUAUCCGCAGAUUGAGCAAGGAAGCGUCGCACACCGGUCAGGUCAAGUAAUGCUGGGCGACCGGCUUCUCAAAAUCGGUGAUCAGGAAAUUACCACACGGGAACAUGUGGUGGACCUCUUUCUUGGCUGUGGUCUGUGCGCUAAAAUUACCCUUCUAAGGCAGACACCGUGGAAAGUGCUGCCUGGCCGUCUGCAACCGCCCUACCCCGGAAAUCCUUACCCCGACUCGACUCUCGACAUUGGUCUCACCAACACUGCAUACGCCCACCUACCGGAGGGAGAAGAACACAAGUUGAUGAAUAGUGUUCCAGUCUCAUGGCCUCUCAUGGAUCCUAAUGCAGGCAACCUCGCUCAAGCAGCAGCCUUCCUAGCUUCGGGGAAAAGUCACGUUCUGGACGAGGAGCUUAUUCAACUGAGUCAACUGAUGCAAUCGCUCGCUCUGCACUGUCACAACCUUGCCUAUGUGAAAAUGUGCGGUGGUUUAAGUGCCGAGGGCAGUCUACAAUUGCCGAAGGAGGGGGAAGAGGGUGAAGGGGUCGGAGGGGUGGUGGAUGCGACCAACUCGCCGAAUAAGACUAGGCAAACUCCCAGAAUGGGACUUGGAGCAGCCUCUUCCGCACAUAAAUCAUCGUCCACCUCUGGCCUUCCUCCAAAAAGUGGCAGAGUGCCAGUUGAUGAGGCACCAACGUCCCACCGCCUUAGAUCUCGCCGCUGUUGGAGUUGCAUAGUCAUUCGCGCUAGUGCGCACGUGCGCACCAACACCUUACGGAUUAUUCAUCCUGUUGGUGGUGGUGGUGGUGGUGUGGGUUGGAGGGACGAAGAGGAGGAGCCUAGGCGAGACUGCAGUCCCUUAAUCGCUCCUCUGAAGUUGGCCUGCUGCAGGCGCCACAGGAAAUGCUUAACCGCGGCCGACGUGAUUUAUAACUUCUUUGACACGUCACUUCCCGCAGAGCCAAGCUGCGACUCACCUGCUUUCAACGGCGGUUACUAUGAGGCCGUAGUGAAUCCGAAGCGACCUGGUAACCCACUCACUCUUUCCCUUUCCCACCGACAAACCCCAUCGGCACAUCUACCAGCUCCACUCGACCUUGACACGUCCCUUCCCCAAACCAAGUGUCUCGUGUCAAUACCAGCGACGACGUCGACAACGAAUCCCUCCUCCAUCUGGUCGAUAGCUGAAACAGAUAAAGAAUUGCCAGUACAGCAAUCUGUCAGAUUCAGUGUGGGAAGCCCAUCGCAGUUCAUGCAACAGGGAAGCCGAUCAAGUCAUGUUGGGUCAACAAGUAGCUGUGAAAGACAAGGUAAUUCUGAAGUUGGAUACCUGUCCACACAAUUCACCUUCAAUUCUUCGCAUCUGCACCGUCUUUCAACGAAGAGUAAUGCCAGUCUCAAUGACGUUAAUGUUUCCAAACCGCCUAUUCAACCGUCAGUCCAGCAUCAGCAGUCUCAAUCGGCCGGCGGAAGUCUCAGUGGCAGCAAACUCUCUUGUGUGUCAUCCUGCUCCAACACCUCCAACUCGCGUCUCACCCGGUCGCCGGUUUCAUCCACUGCAGAGCAUUACUGCCCCGUCCGUGGUGGCAGUGGCCCGCAGGAGUACGCUUUCGACUGUCUCGCCAACAACCCCGCCUACAUGAACCCCAUUCACGGGGCUCCCGGAAUGUUCUUCCCCCCAUCAUUUAUCCACCCUUACGAAUUCUACGAUCGAUACUUCAAAAACGGACUCCCUCCUCCACCUUCAACUGGCAUGUUGCCAUGCUUCAGAUAUCCUUCACCUCAACCGCAAACAUGGAUGUAUUCUAGAAAGUCAGAGAAUGACGAAGACAAAUGCAAGGCAAGUGAUGACACAGCUUCCUCAAAUAUCUACGAAACUCCUUAUGCAGCAGUGGAUGUUGUAGGACCUCCUACAAAGUCCCCCGACAAUAAUUCUGUUUGCUUCACGUCCUACGGCCUGUUAAAUUCAGCCAGUGCCGGUCAAGGCACGACAUCCGUUGGCAAUGUCUCCAAAAGUAUCGAAAAACCACCUCAGAACCGACCACUGAUGGAAUGGGUCGUGAAGAAACGAACCGACGGAACACGCUAUAUCACCAGACGUCCAGUUAGGUAUGUAUCCCAGUACUUAUCCUUCCAAGCUCACCAAUCAUUUAUCUAUAACUUCAGUGGCAUUUUGACCAACUUGUCUACAGCCCUUAAUAGCAAGUAUUCCGUGGCCUUGGCUCCUUGCCCAGAUUACACAGGCUUCCAGUUCGGUGGUGACUCAACAGCUCACGCUGGUUCCACCGCUUCGGAACUUGGCCGGCCUGCAACCCGGAAUCGUCUACUAAAAGAACGGGCCCAUAAACUCGCAGAGGAACGAGCAGGUCUGACAACGGACGAUGACGGCCAGAGCGAUCCGCGGGGCCGUAGUGGCGUAUCCCCGGCCCCCGUCGCCACAUCCAGCCGCCACCACAGCAAGGGCGAGCGCAAACGACACGAGCCCGGUCCGGACGCCUACCGGUCGUGCAGCAAAGCUGAUCGCGGCUCCAGCAGUUAUAGGCGUCGCACUACACCAACCAGGGCUGAGAAACAACCCCCCAGCACUGGCGGGCUCGUCUCGCUCACAACUGUAUAG